UCCAGCGAACGGACGCAGCGGGAAAACCACUUAAAGAAAAUCGGUGAAAAUCGAAAUCGAGCCCAUAUGACUUAUAUAUAGCAAGCAGUGCGAUUUGUUUACGUGUUUGUCGUGCGGCAAUAGUUAGUGUUGUUUGUGCCAGUUGCCCAGACAUAUAUAUAUAUACAAAGAUAUAUAUAUAUAUAUAUAUAUUCCAAAACCAAAUAUAUAAAUAAAACAAAAUACACAAAAAUCAAAAUGAUUAGCACCACGGAUUAUCCAACAAAUGUGGAGACCACAACUCCAGCGGAGGAGCUCUAUGCAGAGUUCAUAGCCGCUCCGGCCAGCAGCAUGAGUCCCGCGGCCAUUGCCGAGCACCUGCAGCAAAACCAGAUCACCUUCGAGAUUCCCAGUCCCCAUGAUCUCCGUCACAUUGAUGCUUUGAACUCGUUCAAUGCUCUGCUCCAGCGGAUUGGCAAUGCGGCGGUGAACUAUGACCCAGCACCGCCCAGUGGCUGGUCACCGGAUGGUAGCAUCAGCACCGAACAGUUGUCCAAAUCGGUGGUUUUGGAUCUGGCCGAUCUGAGGGAUAGAUCCGAGGAUGCCACCGAAUCUACAUGGUUUAGUCAAAUCUUUGGCGAGGCAGAUAUGCAUGUGAUCAUCAAUUAUCUGUGGAUUGGAGUGGUCACCUCACUGGUUGUCCUCUCCCUAGUCUUCAUCCUAUUCAGCUGCUAUUUCUACAGGAAGUUCCGCACUUGGAAGAAAUGCAAUAAGGACAUACGUGCCCAGAUCCAUGCAACCAGCGACUCGUACUCCUCGCACCUGGUCAGCUGUGAUGCCAGCCGCCUGCUUCUGCACCAGCAGCAUCCCCAUCAUCAUCAUCAUCAUCAUCAGGGACAGCAGCAGAGGAGCGGUGAGGCAGGUUUCUACCAAAUCGAAUCGCCCCCAUGCUACACAAUUGCCACCGGAUUGCCCAGCUACGAUGAGGCACUGCAUCAUCAGCCCCGUCAUUUUGCCUACGGCAUGAAGUUUGUGUAUCCCUCGCUGGCAGCCGUGCAUCAUCAUCAUCAUCGCCAGCAAUCCGCCUGCAUUUCCAACUGGGAGAAGGACGAGCUGCAGCGGCGGCAAAAGUGCAAGCUGUCAGCGACAGUGGAGGAGGAUAAAGCGGAAUCCUCUGCAUCUGCAUCCUCAUCUCCAUUGCCACCAUCGUGCCACUUGGCCGCAGCCAUGCCUGCCAUUUGCAUUAACAUCCCGGCAGAUGGACACCAGCAGCAGCAGCAGCAGGAGGAGCAGGGUCAGGAGGUGGCAGUGGUGGUGAAGCCAGAGCAGGAGCAGAGCUUACAGCCGGCGGCGGCUGCUGACGAUGAUUGCGCCUCAUUGGUUGUCGUUGUUGCCGCGUGAUUGCCCGGCUGCAGGGCCAGCAUGGGUUAAGUUUGGGGGGUUAAGAGGGGUCAAGGCCUGCUAGAGGGAGUAGCAGCCCAAUUGCUUAGUCACUUGUAAAUAGUUGCAAAGUCUGCUAAAUCCCCUCUCCCGCAAAUAACGAACCAAAACCCAAUCAGUUUCGUUUUUAGUUAGUAUCUGUUAUAUUAUUGUAUUACGCAAGACUGAGUAUUAUUUAUUGUACUAUAUAUAUAUAUAUAUCUAUAGAACCCAAUUGUCUAUCGAUUAAGCCCUAAUGCCUAAGUGAGAGUGGAAAAAAAAUAUAUAAAUACACCUCGAAUGAAAAUAUUUGCAAAUGAA